ACAAGAGAAAUCAAACCUUAAAAAGGCACACCGCUCCCAACCUUUUUUCUAUUAACGGGUAAAAAUAAACCUUUUCUUUUUUCCAUUCCUCACCCUCUCCAAUUUUAGACGAAACCCUUAAAUUUUCACUUUCGAUUUUUUGUUUUUUCUUGUGGGUUUAUAGUUUAAUUAAGCAAGAAAGCCUCAGAGAUGCAGCAACCAGGGCAAAUGUUUCCAGUUACGCCUUCAUUUCCUCCUACUAACAUCACCACUGAGCAGAUUCAGAAGUACCUUGACGAGAACAAGAAAUUGAUAUUGGCGAUUUUGGGCAACCAAAACCCUGGAAAACUUGCUGAAUGUGCCCAGUACCAGGCUCAACUUCAAAAGAAUUUGAUGUAUUUGGCUGCAAUUGCUGACGCUCAACCGCAGACGCCUGCAAUGCCUCCCCAGAUGGUUCCGCACCCAGCAAUGCAACAAGGAGGGUUUUACAUGCAACAACCUCAGGCUGCAGGCAUAGGUCAGCAGCCCAGUACAUUUCCACUAAGAGCAUCCUUACAAUUCAAUAAUUUACAUCAGCAGCAUCUAUCCCAACAUCUCCCACAGCCACAGGCCGUGCAAGGGCAUAUGGAUAUGCGGCCUACUGGGGCCAGUAAUGGCAUGCACCCGACAUAUAACGAGGCUAAUCUGGGAGGAAGUGGCCUGGUUUUGAAUUCUGGCCCAGCUGCUAUACGUGGAGGAAGUAAGCAAGAUAGACCUGCAGAAGGGUCCUCUGGAGCCGAUGGCCAGGGAACUUCUGCAUAUGGCGGUGGAGAUGGAAAGGGAGCUAAAUAAUGCCCUGUGAAAUAUCUGAAAUAGUCUCGUGUAGGAUUAGCGUUUUUCGUGUGGGGGUACGUCUGUUCAUCAAGGAACAGACAGAAAGUAGCGAAGGAUUGAAAAUUUUUCCUUUGUAGAUGGGUUUUUCUCUGAUUAGGGGAAGACAGUUUGGGUAUAAGCUUCAGGCUUCAGCCCUGUUCUAUAAUAAUUUUUGUAAUGAUGUUAGGCGUUUAUUAAACAGCAACUAGAACUGAUUUUCAUGUUGAUUAUGAAUGUACAAACUUUUCGUGCUUUGA